AUGGCAACAAUGAUAGGUUGGGGGAUGCAAGAACAAGGGUGGAGGAAGGGGCCUUGGACUCCUGAAGAGGAUAAAUUACUUAGUGAAUAUGUAAGCUUAUAUGGGGAGGGAAGAUGGAGCUCUGUGGCUAGAUCUGCAGCUCUCAAUAGGUGUGGGAAGAGUUGCAGGCUUAGGUGGGUGAAUUAUCUCAGGCCUGGUCUCAAGAGAGGCCAGUUAACUCCUCAGGAGGAAGGCAUCAUUAUUGAACUACAUGCUAUCUGGGGCAACAAGUGGUCAACCAUUGCUAGAUACUUGCCUGGGAGAACAGACAAUGAGAUAAAAAACUACUGGAGAACCCAUUUCAAGAAGAAAGAAAAAUCCUCUCAGAAACAAGAAAAGCGCAAACAGCAAAUUCUAAAACAAAAACAACAACAGCAGCAGCUACAGCUACAACUACAGCAACAGCAACAAGUGCAGCAAUCUCAAGAACAUGACAUAAAAGCCGUCUUUUCUCGAGCAGAGACAAGCACUGAGGAAAUGAGUGAGACUUACGGAAUUAGGCAACAGAUGGUUCUGAAGAACCCAAAUUCGGAGGACCAGUGCAUGCCUAAUAAGAUGUAUCAAGAUUUUGCAUCCUGGUUCGACACAGUUGGAGAUGAUGGGCUAUCGAGUGGCCUGUGGAACUUCGCCGAUGAUUACACAGUCGCAUGGAUGAGACAAGAGCUAUUUGGAGCGUGCGAGAACCAUGUGACUUACUGGUGGUAUUUUUGGCAUCAUCAGUUGGCGCCGUCUGUGGGGAACAUGUAG